AUGCUGACUCAGGAACCCCAGCUGUCACUGGAAGAACUGGGUCCGGCCAAAACCUACGAGGUCCGGGUCUACACCUAUCGGCCGACCGAUGAUCAGGUCUCCAGCGAAGCUAGUUACCUCAAAUUAACCACAAAGCCCGAAGUUGUUCGUCUGCCGAUGGUCCAGAAUCCGAAGGCAGAGUCCACGGACUUCGCAGCACUGAAAAUCUCCUGGGAACCACCGACAGUUGACCGAACUGACAUGCCCGAGUUGCAGAUUAACCACUACAGUGUAAUGCUGCUCAACCUCGCGCUUGGGCGACCGGGUGCCCACAGCUCGUGGACGCUGUCGUCAGACGCCAAAUGGGCCCGGUUUGAGGUUCCUGGUGGCUUCCGAAGUACGUCUUACGUCAUAAACGGCCUGCAGCCCGACUCCUUCUACAAAAUCCGUAUUUUCGCCGUCUCGAACGCCGGUAUCGAUGGUCAUCCGGCCGUUAUUACCUCCUCGCCUCGCAUCAUCUCCCGGGCUCCUUCUGGUCCGCCAACGCAGGUAACUGUGUGA